AGGUAUUGUAAGGGCGAUGUGUUGUAAUGUAUGCAGUUGAGCUGUUAAGAUUUCCUCAGAAAGGUGGGUUAGGUCUGUAAACUCACACUCCCACAGUGCAGCCAGAUUCUUGCGCAACCCGACACACAGAAAGGAAUAAGGCAUGUAAAUCAUAACUACAGGGUAGAAGCAGACAACAGUGUCAGUUUGACCGGAGGGAUAGUGUAGUUGAAGAGUCAAUAAAACAAGCAUUAGGGAGUGGCACAAGUGGAAUGUGGCGGAUGAACACAAGUCUACUUCUGAUGUAAUCUGGAAAUUUAAGAGCGUGUCUGCUUUUACUUCUCCUUCUCCAUCUCCGGUGUGGGUGUGUGUGUGUGUCGGUCGGCUUCAUGGCGUAUGCUGCUUACUGGUAUCGGACUUCUCAGCCUAAACAGUCGACUUCCACCCCAUCAGUGCCGGUCUCCACUGUGAAACCUGCACAACAUGAGAAAGGGGCUGCAUCAUCAUCUGCUGCAGGUGCGGCUGCAAAGCCUGCAACCACCAGAGCCUCUGCAGCCACUACUACUGUCGGUACCCAGAGUACAUCCACUGCAUCUUCUGCAGCUGCAAGCUCAGUGACCAAUGUAGGGGCUACUACAGGAGCUAAAGUCAGUGGAGGAGUAACCACCACUACUGGAUCUUCUACAGCAACCACCACUACAGGAUCUUCUAAAGCCACGACGCAGGCCCUACCCGUGUCUUCUGCCAAGGCUCCAUCUGUUAGCGCUGGAACAACAGGUUCAAUAGGUGGAGCAGGAAAACCUCCUACAGAACUGGUUAAGCUCACAGACACUUCAAAAGUCCAGGAACCUUCUAAGGUGACCUCCACAGUAACAAAGCCAACUGCCACCACUGUUGUUUCUGGAACCACUGGCCAAAAGGAUGAUGUUAAGUCAAAAGAAGCCAAGGUGAAGUCGGAGGUUUCGGCGAAGGCCAGCACUCUGGUGUCCGCUGUAGAUCCAUUUGAUUCCUUGGCUGACAGUUUGCCAUCCGCAAAGCCUUCUGAAAGUCCUCAGUUUACUGGGCCUGAAGUCAUAGAGCCUAGCAUAACCUCAGCAGUGGCUCCCCGCUGUGGAGAGAGAGAUGACACACUGCCGCCUGGAUACAGACUAAAAGACAUGGAAAAGAAGAUGCCUAUUGGACAACCUGAGAAGCCCAAGGAAGUUUCCAAGUCCUCAACAUUGGAUGAUGCUGUGGACUCUCUCUCUGCUGGAUUUGUAUCAUCUACACCUCCCGGUGCAUCCAAACCAGAAGUGAAACAUGAAACUGUGGUUGCUGCCGAUACCCGCAAAAACUACGCCCCUGCUCCACCUGCUCAGAAAAAACAAGAUGUUUCUGUGCCUGCAAGUCUGUCUCCUGCUCCUCCUGCAGACAAGAAACCAAAGACAGAGAAAAACACUAAAGAUGCCGUGACUGCAGCUGCUCAGGAUGUCAAGCCAAAGACUGAGAAGGAAAAAAAGGUUUCUGCAGAUAAGCCGAAGCAAGACCCCAAGGCAGAUCCCAUGUCUCUGGAAGCUCUUGACGCUCUAGGUGACACAUUACCUGAAGCAAAACCAGUUCCCGAGCCCCCAAAACUCAGACCUGAUCAAAUUGUUGAUGAGAAGAAGCUGAAGUCAGAGAAAGGUGUUCGUGUGGGCGAGAGAGACGACACACUGCCACCUGAGUACAGGUUCAAGGAAGACAAGGACAAGAAGCCGUUGCCUCCUCCACCAAAAGAGCCCUCCAUGGAUACGACUGAGGCACUGGAUAUUCUGUCUGGAGAUUUCACUGACGCCACUGUAGCUCCUGCUGUCCAGCUGGGAGCAGUGUCUCAUUCUACCAAUAACGUAUUCUGUUUUUCUUGGUUCUUGCAGCCCAAAGUGGAGGAUCUUUCAGCUCUUGAUGCUCUGGCAGGCGAUUUUGUGGCUCCUGUCCAAGCCAAAAAGGUCUGUUCUGGAGUACCUCCUGUCCCAAAACCAGCUACUAAAAGCACUCCACCCACCUCUGGACAGGCAGAUCCUAUGUCUCUGGACGCUCUUGACGCGCUAGGUGACACAUUACCUGAAGCAAAACCAGUUCCUGAGCCCCCAAAACUCAGACCUGAGCAAAUUGUUGAUGAGGCAAAGCUAAAAUCAGAGAAAGGUGUGUUUGUGGGUGAGAGAGACGACUCACUCCCUCCAGAUUACAGAUUCCCUAAGGAAGACCUCAAAUCACAGCCUCCACCCCCCAAAAAAGAGCCCUCACUGGACCCGGCUGAUGCUCUGGAUAUCCUUUCUGGAGAAUUCACCAGCACGUCAGCAGCACCCGUAGUCCAGACCUCUGUUUGUCCCUCGGCUCCCCCAGCAUACAGCUCAGAAGACUUUGCUCUUGACGAACUUGCCGGUGAUUUCGUGGCUCCCACAAGCGCAUCUAAAGUCUGUUCUGCUGCUUCAGCUCCCACUACAACUGACACACAGGCAGAUCCCAUGUCUCUGGAUGCUCUUGACGCACUGGGAGGCAUGUUACCUGACGCGGAACCAGUUCCCGAGUCCCCAAAACUCAGACCCGAGGAAAUUGUUGAUGAGGCUAAGCUAAAAUCAGAGAAAGGCGUGUUUGUGGGUGAGAGAGAAGACUCACUCCCUCCAGAUUACAGAUUCCCUAAGGACGACCCCAAAGUGAAGCCUCCACCCCCAAAGAAAGAGCCGUCCAUGGAUCCGACUGAAGCUCUGGAUAUCCUUUCUGGAGAUUUCACCAGCUCAUCGGCGGCACCUGUAGUCCAGACCCCUGUUUGUCCUUCAGCUCCCCCAGCAGACAGCUCAGCAGACUUUGCUCUUGAGGAACUUGCCGGUGAUUUCGUGGCUCCCACGAGAGCAUCUAAAGUCUCCUCUGCUGCUUCAGUUCCCCCUACAACAGAAAGACAGCUGUCAGAAGGUACCACGUCAGCCAUGGACGCUCUCUCGGACACUCUCAAUGACAUUCGUCCAGCGCCUGAGCCAGAACCAGUGCCUCCUAAACACGUCGUUAAGGAGAAAGAGGUGGUGGAGGAGAGGGUGUCUAAGCCUGGUGAGAGAGACGACUCGCUUCCUCCUGAGUAUCGCCCCACAGAGGCGGAUAUCAAGGCUGCAGCAGAAGCCAAAGCCAAAGCAGCGACUGCACCUAAGCAGCCCUCAUUCGAUGACUCCAAAGCCCUUGACAUUCUGUCCGGUGACUUUGUUUCUGAAGGGUCUGUGACUAAACCUGCAGCUCAGUGUCAGGCUCCUCCUGCAAAGACAUCCUCCUCCAGCCAGCAGGAGUCAGGGCCAGUAUUGGACAAACUGGCAGGUACACUGCUACCAGCAGAUUUCCCUGACACCAAACAACGCGACAGCAAACCAAAGGGUAAAGGUAGAAAGUCAAAAUCUGCACCAAAGAAACCUGCAGUGGCCGAUGUCCCAGCCGCGGAACCCCUCCCCGCCAAGCCGACCACAGACGUAGUGUCCUCGUCCCCUACAAAGAAAGGCAGGAAGAGCUAGAUCUCGCACACCAGCUGCUGCCAACACAAAGCGAUAAACAGAUGGCAAUCCAAGAAGCUGCUUCAGUGAAUACAUACAUAUUAUGUGUUGUAAUGGUAGAAAGGUGUACAGAACUUUAAAUGGAAAAAAAAACCAAACACAUCCAACCCAGAUGCUUUUAAAACACCAGCACAAAUUGUUCCAUAUGUAAAAAUCCGAGCGCUGAUCUCUGAUGUUUCGAGCACGUGCGUUAUUAUGACUACUCCUAGAUCAGCAUAAAUACCCAUACGUACAUGAGCACAUGCAGAAGCAUUAAUAAAAAGAAGGGUAAUUAUUUUCCAUUUGGAACCAUGCCUUAGUCACCAUUAUACUUCAACAUCUCUUUAAGAAAUUGAAUAGGAAUUCUAAUAGUAAUGCAUGAUUUUUAUUAUUAUUUUUUUUUUUAUUUGGGGAAUUUCUUUAUAUUAAUAAGUGUUAUAUUGCCACUCACUUAUAGACACUAGUGUACAGCACUUCCACUUUGGUUUACUUCAUCUAGUUUACAGUAUAGAGUUGUGUUAAAGGAGUGUAGAGUAUGGAUAAUGGAUGAUGCCUGUUGUACUUCUAUAUAAUUUUGAAUGAUAUUUGUGCAAAAAAAAAGGGCUUUCCUGUGUACGUGUCUUUUAGUAGGGCUGUCUUGUUUUGUUAUUUUUAUUUUUAUAUAUAGUUUUGGUUUUUUGCAAAAUGAAGUGCUCUGCUAGAAGCAGCCCAUAGAAACGCAGGAGGUCUGAACGCGAUUACUGGCAAGGCUUACCAGACAAAUGAGCUUCCUUUAAGCACCAGUGAAGCUGUUAUGUGGUUAGUGUAUGAUUCAUAUGUAACACCACCUGAACUUGUCCUGUAGAUGCGCUAUUGGCGUGUUGAUCACAGCUUGAGUAGGAUGUGGCAGACCAAGUAUGAAUCUUUUUGUUUCAUUUUCAUCUUGGUCGAACACCAGCACUAGUGUGUGUGUGUGUUCUAGACACUUUAUUUUGCAUACAGCUUUAGUCAGGAUAAGUCUUCCAUAAACAUGCUACAUUGUUUUAAUCCUUUUAGUUUUGUUUCACUUUAUCUUCCUGUCGAGGUGAUAUCAAUUACAAUACUGUGCCUUUCUGCUGAAGUGCAAUCUCAUAUUAACCCAGGGACAGAGAUAUGGAGGAGGGUUUUUUUUUUCUGGUUAAAUAAAAAAGAGAUUUAAAAUUGUCA